CGUUCUCAUGUGUGCUUGCAUGUAACAUUUGUCAUCAAAGACUUUACCACAAACCGAACAACAGACAUGGUUUUCUCCCGUGUGCGUCCUCAUGUGUCGAGUCAAACUAGAUUUGACCACAAACCCCUUUGCACAAACUGAGCAGCUGAACGGGUUUUCUCCUGUGUGUAUUUUCAUAUGUUGAGUCAAACUAUACUUUACGACGAACCCUUUGGCACAAACCGGACAGGCGAAGGGUUUUUCUUCUGUGUGCGUUCUCAUGUGUGCGCGCAUGUAACAUUUGUCAUCAAACCCUUUACCGCAAACCGAACAACUGAACGGGUUCUCUCCCGUGUGUGUUUUCAUGUGUCGAGUCAAACUGGAUUUUACCACAAACUCUUUUGCACAAACGGAACAAGCGAAGGGUUUUUCUUCCGUGUGCGUUCCCAUAUUUACAUCGAGGUCUGACAUCUCGUCACUAUCUGAUAGCGGCGCUAAGAGCUUGUCUGCUUGUGAUCCUCCACAGUGGUCUCCAUCAGCUUCUGCUGGCAUGUGUGGCGGUGAGAUGCUUCUGGAAGGUUCAACGGCUCUGUUCUCCCCACUUGGACUGUGAUGAAGCUGUGAGGACUCAGGUGGUUUCUCUUCAUGGUCUUCAGUCUUCACAGAGACAACAGUCAGUGGCAACUUGGGGAGAUUGCCCCCCUCCUGCCCUCCUCUCUCCUGAGUGGUCCAAAGUUCCUCCCCUUCCUCUUUAAAAUGAAGGGUAUGUGGUUCCUCCUCUUCUUUAAUCAGUCGGCGUUGUGGCUCCUCUUCUUCCUCUUUAAAACGAGAGGCCCGUGGUUCUUUAUUUUCCUCCUUAACAUGUGCGGGCUGUGAUUCUUCCUCUUUACAAUGAAGGGGCGGCGGUUUCUCUUCUUCUUUAAUGUGAGGGGGUUGUGGUUCCUCCUCCUGUUGAAUAUGGGGGAACUGUGGAUCCUCCUGCCCCAGAGUCAAGCUCCUCCCUUGCGGUCGACGGGCACGUUCUUCAUGACUUUCAACCCACUGCUAACAUUUACUCCCCGAGCAGCAGGAGUGGACCUCCAGGAUGAUGCAGGAGGAGCUACAGCCCCCCCAUAUUAAAAAAGAAGAGGAUUUGACACGGUCCCCAUGCAUUAAAGAGCAAGAAGAUACUCCACAUCCCCACCACAUGAAAGAGGAGGCCUGGCCGCCUAACUUUAAAGAGAAAGAUGAAGGGCCACAUCUCCCUCACAUUAAAGAGGAAGAGGAAGAACACAGCAUCAGUCAGGAGGGAGAGCAUCUUGAAGGAGUGGAGGAGUUCCCAGUGACUGGUGUCCCUGUGAAGAGUGAAGAUGAUGAGGUCAAAGGUGAAAGUGAGGAGAGGGGAGAGGCGGAAACCGAUGGAGACCACUGUGGAGGAUCACAAGCAGACAAGCCCUUAGCUCCACUAUCAGAUAGUGAGGACACAACGUCACACUCUCCUGACACUGAUGAUGAAGACUCUAAAGAUGAUAAGACAUGUCACACUGACAACACACACUUCACAUGUUCACUCUGUGACAAAACUUUUAGUCACCGUCGCAAUAUCAAAAGACACAUGAGAAUACAUACUGGAGAAAAACCUUUUUCAUGUUCAAUCUGCGGUAAAGAUUUUAAUCAAAGGCACCAUUUGAAAGCACACAUGACAAUACACACUGGAGAAAAACCUUUUUUAUGUUCAAAAUGCGGUAAAAGCUUUCAACGGAACGACGUGUUGAAAGAACACAUGACAAUACACACUGGAGAAAAACGUUUUUUCUGCUCAGAAUGUGGGAAAAGUUUUGUACAACGUAGCUAUUUGAAAGGACACUUGAGAAUACACACUGGAGAAAAACGCAAUACCUGUUCAAUCUGUGGGAAAACCUUUGUAGAAAAACACAAUUUAAAAGUACACAUGAUAACACACACUGGAGAAAAACCUUUUUCCUGUUCAGUAUGUGGUAAACGUUUCGCACGGAAACCGUAUUUGAAUGAACACAUGCAAACACACACUGGAGAGAGAACAGUUUCCUGUUUGGAAUGUGGUAAAGUUUUUACACAGAAAUAUAAAUUAAAAGUCCACAUGAGAACACACACCGGAGAGAAAGUGUUUAGUUGCAGUGUGUGUGGUGAAAGAUUCUCUUAUAAGAAGCAGUGCAAGAAACACAAGUGUGCUGGUGAGAACAGCAGUAAAUGAAGAUGCAGGAUUUGAAAUAAAUUGUCAAAAAGUUGCUAACUUUGACUUUCUAACAACAUCAGCACAUAUAACAUAUAAUGACUGUCUCAGAAUCCUGCCCAGAAAGCCUAUUUAAACUAAUGUUUAAACAUAUAUGUAGACUCCAGGGGUCCAAGAAUGAUCUUAUUAUACAGAUAGAUAGUAAUUAUGUUAGGUACCAAUCCUGUUUAUGGGAACACUGGUAUCUGUGCCCUUUAUAGAAUGUGUAGAUGCAUUUUCAAAGUAUAUGUGUGUGUGUGUGUGUGU